CCGAGACAGGAAGCGGUAACGGCGUGGAAAGACGCGUGACGACAUGUUUACACUGUUUUAUUGUGUAUUUUAAGUUGUUUUUAUUUGUAUGUGGGAAUGGUCGAGAUUAUAGUGUAUUACUAAUGAUAUAAAAAGAGGUUUUAGUCAUGUGUCAGGUUGACGAAGAGUACGACAGUCUUCUAGAGCAAAAGUCUUUGCCAGCGGUAUCAAAGAAAUGCAUGAAGUGUAAAGAGGCUACUGCGGCUCUCCUCAUUCGUGUUGGAGAUGCCUUCUGUAGGGUUUGUUUCAAGGAGUACUUCAUACAUAAAUUCCGCGCCAUGCUGGGGAAGAAUCGUGUCAUCUUUCCCAAAGAGAAGGUGCUGCUGGCGGUUUCUGGAGGGCCGGCAUCCAGCUGCAUGCUCGCACAAGUUCAGGAGGGUUUAAGCCGCGACGCACCCAAAAAGUUACGAUUUCUGCCUGGCGUUAUUUACAUAGAUGAGGCUGGUGUGUGUGGUCAGACUCCUGAGGAAAGAGAGAAGGCUGCAGUUCAGCUGGAGAACAUCUUCAGGAUGACCGGAUUCCCGUACCACAUCGUCCCACUGGAGCAGAUCUUUACUUUGCCCGAGUCUGUGCUCGAGAGUGUGUGUAGUCGUGAGCAGGUCGGCUCCAGCUACAAAGCAGCAGUGGAUCAGCACAUACGCACUGAACUGAUCUGGGCUCACGAGGAGCCUCCGCUGGAGGAAUCCCAGGAUGCUGUGGCACAACUCAGCCUGCAGGCCUCCACCUACAAACCUGAGCACACGCUGGCUUUAGAGGAACUCUUCUCCUCUUUAAAAACCUUAACAGCUAAACAGGACAUGCUGAACACACUGAGACAGCACCUAAUACUGCACACUGCCCGGAUACAUGGCUACUCCAAGGUGAUGAUGGGAGACAGUUGUACACGUCUGGCCAUUAAGGUGCUCACGAAUGUGUCUCUGGGACGAGGGGCGGCUCUGGCAGCCGAUACGGCUUUUUCAGACUCUCGGUACGGCGACGUGGUGAUGCUGCGCCCCAUGAGGGAAUACUCCUCGAAAGAGAUCGGCUUCUAUAACCGGCUGUUCGAAGUUCAGUCUGUCUUCAUCCCAGGGCUGGACACUAAGGCCGCUAAUAAAGCGAGUAUCCAGCGACUGACGGAGAGUUUCGUGGUCAAACUCCAGGCCGAUUUUCCCUCCACUGUCAGCACGGUGUACAGAACAAGUGAAAAGCUCCACACAGCGUGUCCUCCUCAAAGCUCCACCACGGAACCUGCUCCUAAGUGCCUCCUCUGCCUCUGUGCCCUCGACACCAAAAUCACAGAUGAUGCUUCUGCGUUUCGUGCCACGCUGCUGUCGAAGAAGCUCUCCAGAGGUCCGCUAGAAGAAAAGAAACACAGUGAUGCAGGCUGUUGUCAGGGGAAGGAACAAGCUUGUAGGGAUGGUGGUUGCUGCUCCACAUCCAGGGUUCCUGCAGCUACAGACCUGAAGAGCCUCCUGUGUUACAGCUGCAGACUGACCAUUAAAGACCUGACGGCGGUGGACUCGCUGCCACCGUAUAUAACAUCCGAGGCAGAGAAACGCCAGAGAAGGGCCGCGAUGAAGAAGGAAAUCGGCGAGUUCCUGUUAGAAGACGACGAAUAGCGACGGUCCGCUUCAGAAAACACCGAGCUGCACAGACCCUUUUAUUUACAUACAACUCAACAUCCAUUUUAUUACAUUUUUUAUUUUUUAUUGAAGUGAAUAAAAAAAGCAACCAUCAUUUAUAAAUUCA